GUUGAAUUCAACAUGAAGAGCCAAACUCCUAUUGACUUACGUUUGACAAGGAGAGCUGCUUCAGGCAUCCAUAUUAUUGAUUCAGACCAACCCAAGCGAAACUUUAUCUCACAAGAUGAAGUGCCUAUCAAGAAAACUAAAACAAUUUCUCUUCCCCCAACAACGACUACUACUACUACUACUACUACAGUAGCUCGAAAAAGCUCCAGAAUUAACAAACAAUUAAAGCAGACAAUACUCGGCUUUAAAAAAGAAGAUACCACUUCAUUGAAACGUAAAACAGAAGCAGUAGUAGCCAAGAAUGAUAUAACUAAAAAGCAAAAAACAAUACAUCAGAUGAUGGAAACAAAAGCCAAUGAACAAACAAGUGCAGAACUAGUAGCAGAACCAGCAAGUGAGCCAGUAACAGAACCAGUUUCAGAGAACAAAGAACAAACGAAGCUCCCCCAACACAUAGAGCAAGAAAUUGACCUGUCGCUUUCUCAAGACACACCCUCCCCACCUUCUUCUUGCUAUUUGGAACCUACCACUCCUCCUAUGCAUGAACUUAUUGCACCUUAUAAAACAUACCUUUCACCAGCUGAUAAGAAACGUAUUGAACACGAAAAAUCAGUUCUUGUCAAAUUACGAAAAGCACUUGAUAUUGUCAUCACAGACCGUGCUGCUCGUCAUCGACCUGCCUUUUACCAUCAAAUUGAACCCGUUUUGAGAAACUCGACUGGACGAUCCAUCACCAUUGGUCAUGUCUCUCAAAUCAUGUAUGUUGCUCCUCGCUUAUACACACUUGAAGUGAAAGAAUUACGAGACUAUGGUGGUAAAGUCACAGAAGCAUUUCUGUUGGGUUUUGGUCAAGAUUGGGCUAUUCCUUUGACUGGCAAGAAUUUAGAAAAAAGAGCUACCAUGUUAAUGGAGGCCAUUGAUCACUUCUUCCAUACCCAUCCAGAGCCUGAUGCUAGUAUUCCUGAAGCACCUUUACCCAGAUUGAAUUUGAUUGUAGAUAAAAAAGAAUGGAUCAAAGAUGCUAAACUUCCACCUGGUGUUCGAGCCUUGUUAGAGACACAUGAAAAGGUAAAAGAAGCAGAAGCUGAGAAGGUUAAACCCAAACCAAUACCUACUGGUACUGUCAAAGAGCGCAUGGCUGCCCUUAAGGCUCGUCUUGCUGCCAAAAAAGCAGCUCAAAACAAUCCAUAAAUAAAACCAAAAAAAAAAA